CGAAACGCACGAGAGCCAGCACCCCUCUCGCACCUAUAGUGACCAUACCGAACAUCUGUUUUAACACCCGGCUAUACGGUGUCUAGACAACCUAAGUUACAUCAUAAUGGUCAGAUGCGGCCAAAGGCCCGCCCAUUGUUGUUUGAGCGCAUCUCAGCAGCCUGUCUGGCAGGGUCUUCAUCAUGGCAAUACUACCCCCAGAACCCCCAUUCGCCUCCAGUCAUAUUUUCUUCUCCCAUUUUCCUUCAACCUACACCUUACUCUUUCUUAAUCACCUCAGGUUACCGACUGUUGUUUCUUUUUUUUUCGCCUAUUCUUCAUCCAAACUACUUCUACUCUGCGGACCAUUGCGGUUGUCACGUUCCGUUGGUGACUGUUUCACGUUACACCAUCCUAGGAUCCCUAGUCCAGUCGCCUUCUCCACAGAUUAUUUCGCAUGUCACAGUGCAAUAUUUCACAGUGGACGCCCUGUGUUUCUAUUUGUGCCUCUCCCGCUAUUUGACGAGGCGGGGUCUUUGGAAUCGACGAUAUAUACACCGACUUCCGCUCUUCCGUCGCAUGGCUCGCACUUUGCUGUUUGGCAAAAAACUCUCCCAUCGCUACACAUUUCGGAUUGGGUACUACACCUAAUCCAGGUUUCACCAACAUCCCAAAACUUGAAUAAGAUUUUCCACCACAAACCAUCGACUACAGUGUCACUGUCGCAUGCGCGAUACACAUCGAAACUU